AUGCCUGGCGCUGGUACGAGGGGCAUUGGCCUGCUAGUAUGGAUCGUGGUCUUUACGGCCUUUGACUUCUCGGUUCUCUGCCUGCGCUACUGGGCGGCGCGGAUGAUGAGGAGGGGGUUCUGGUGGGAUGAUGGCAUGAUUGCGUUUGCGUUUGCGAACAUCGUUGCGCUGGAAGGCGUGGUCAUCUGGGCCAUCUACAAUGGCUUAGGCAAACAUACCGACGAACUCAGUCUGCCCGAGUAUGCGGUGCAGUUCAAGCUCAUCCUCGCCAGUGGUGUCACUUGGCUCCUUGGAACCAUCUUCAUCAAGUUCGCCAUCCUAUGGAUGUACACAAGAAUCUUCGCCACAGCACAGUUCAAGCGCUGGUCGCGUAUACUGAUGGGCAUCGUGGGCGCUUACGGUGUGGCCUUUCUCAUUCUAUUCAUGAGCCGUUGCACGCCUGUCUCCCAGCAAUGGGCCCCUGUUCCUGGAGGCAACUGCCGAGACAUCACCAUUGAUCAAAUCGUAUCCGUCACGAUCAACAUUGUUGUCGAUGUCGCCAUGACUAUCCUUCCGAUGCCGGCGCUCUGGGGUCUCCAGAUGCCUUUGAGGAACAAGGUUGCAGUCAGCGCUAUGUUUGGCAUGGGCUUCUUAACCAUCGCCAUCAUGGUCUGGCGACUUGUCAACACCGUGACGACCAUCGGCGACACUGACUUUGUCUAUAACCUCCAUGAUAUCGGCCUCAUCAGUCUUCUUGAAUUGUGGAUCGGCAUCGUCAUUGCCUGCCUGCCCACACUUGGCCCCCUGCUCAAGACAUACGUCAAGCCGGCUGUCUCCAAGAUCGGCUCCAAGCUUUCCAACCCCUCUACCGACAGAGGCCAGAUACAUCUAAGAAACAUGUCCAGCAGCAACCCGAGCGGUCGUCACCCCCGCAGGGCGUACGACAAGCUGGGAGAACCCAUCUCCUAUGUUGACUUGGAGCGCGGCAAGGAGGACGACAGCGAGCAGGUUGUCAUUACCAGGUGCCAGUACUCACCGGGGAAUGAGGCGCCGAGGGGAAGCCGUCCUGUGAUUUACGUCCAGCAGGACAUUACCACGUCGCAGGAUUCGUGGAGGCGAGCGCAGGUAUAA